UUUCCCUUCAGUGCAGUAAAUUCCUUGGUCCCUUUGAGCCAAUACUCACAUGACACGAUGUACAUAUAAUCAUCAUUGUGCCAAAACAUCUAUCUCAUAAUACUAAAUUCACCAUUAAUACCAUUCAUGGUGGUAAAAAGAAAUGGAUCAAGACAUUCUAAUUUGGAACUAGUCUAUAGCACAAACAAUAUUCAUAAACGUGAAAGUUUUCAUACUUCAAUUUUUUCCAUUUUUCUUUUGGCUUUAGAUGGAUGAUGAAGUACUGAGAGUCGAGGUGAAGAAGAUGAAGACGAUCCGAAGAGAUACAGCAGCUGUAUGUGCAAUAGCCCUGCGUAUAACAGGGUCUCUAAUCAACAUGGUCCUGCUCUUAUGGACCAUUCACUCAGGGAUUGAAAUUGCUACUGAAACUGAAGCAUAUAUGGAUUAUGAAUAUAGCCAGUGGGCUUUCCAUGUUGGAGUUGUGACCAUGUUCUUUGGUUUCUUGUUUUUGGCUCUUGGAAUUCCCAUUCUAGCAGACUUGUUUCUAAAAUUGACAGAACAGUUGCAGCAACAAGAGGAGGAAAAUGGCACUCAUCAAGCAGGUUGCAGCAGAAAGAGAAAAAGGGAAGCAGCAUUCAUAAAGGCCACAACAAAAAUGUUAAAUGUUUUGUUUAACAUUACCAAUUUAUUCUACAUCUUGUAUUAUUGCCUAUACUUCUCAAUUUAUUUACUUCUGAUUCGACUAAGAAUGAGUUCAGGCCAUGCAACAAAGUCAUUUCAUGGUUUGGGAAACUAUCUUACAUUACAAAAAAUCCAUAUCCUAUCCUAUUUUUGGACUGCUUUAGCUUUCUAAAGAUAUGCAUCCCCAACCUUAUGAUUCCUUGCCACAUCAUUGUUACAAGAUGGGAGCAAAACUUUACAUACAAGAUCUCAGUUCUCCUAUUACAGAUAUAUAUAUAUAUAUAUAUAUAUUUAAUAGUUGGUCAAAAGAAGAAAGGAUGCACUGUAAAAUAGCUAUUCAUAUAUAUUAAUCUAGAAGAUGUUAAUAUAAUCUUUGAAGUGUUUGGGAAAGUAUAUAAUGUUAGAUAUACAAUUUGUUGAUGUUCAGUCUCCUUAAGAUUUUAUGUUAGCAUGCGCACACAAACGUAUCCUAUAUGUAGCACCAUAAAUAAUGCUCUAAUGAAAGGACUAGGUCUCUCUCUCUCUCUCUCUCUCUCUCUCAUUUGCAUAAGAUUUUUGUUUUGAUAUUGGCUUUGUGAUUCUGUUACUGAUGCUGAUUGAGAUUAUCAGUGAUGAUGAUGAUGAUGAUCAAUGCCAGUGUCUUUGAUGUAUUUUUAUGGGAUGCCAAACGGUGGUUUUGAACCUUGAAUGCAUUGAGAUGCUCAUUGAUGUGUAUUUGGUUUUCCCUUGAAAUGGAUUAUUGAAAGAACCAAAGUUUCAGCUUAACAUGCUUCAUAAUUUCAAGUUCAGCAUAAUUUGUUUAAUGAAUAACUUUAAUUCUAUUAUUUGUCUUUCCCCCUCCAGAAGAAGAUUUUCCGAUCCUGGUGGACAACCAUGCUACUUUGAUCCGAGUCUUAUCCAUUAACAAUAGCCAACUUAAAAUUAUAUUCGAUUUGAUUAACAAUUUAAGUGUUACUUUUGGUGGGUUUCAUGAGUCUUAAAGGCUACUAGUAAAUGUGUCGAAUAACUAGACGAACUUGACAUAUCAAAUAAAAAUUUAUCUCAACUCCUUCUCACCCAUUACUAAUAGAACUCUAAAAAUAUUUCUUGGUAUUGACGAAGCAGGUAAUAAAGUUUAAGAAUGAAUCACUUUUUGGAGAUCCCAGCGCAAAAAUUUAC